AGGAGGGGACUGUGAGUGUGGAGGAGAGGGGCCCAGUAACUGUGUAGGCGUCUCUGGGGUUUGAGGUCAGUUGUGUGUGUCUGAGGGUGUCCCAAGCCUGGAGGUAAAAGCCUAGAUUCAGGGGGGCUGGAAGGAGUGGCAAGUGGGGGGUGAAUCAUCUUGUAUUGAGGGGCAAUGGGAAGAGGGCAGCUCCCCGCUCCUCCAGAAUGAAGGGAGGCACUGCACUGGACCCUGGAGAGAGCACCUUGGGAAGCCACAGCCCAGCUGGUCAGUGGGUACAACCUCACCAUGAUACCACGGCAGCCCAGAGCCACAGCACACAUCACCCAUCCUCCUAACAGGCAGCUCACCAUGCCCACUGAGUACACACACCUGGCAUCUGUACAGCACAACCAGCCCCACCCACAUCUGGAUGGGUGGGGGCUCUGGUCCCAUACACACCAGGACCUGGGCCUUGAGGGGACCCUCCUCACCAACAUCCUCUACAGAAACGUGGCCUUCCUCAAUCUGGUGGACCCCAUCUCCCAUGAUCUACUUGUGAACCUGGCCCGGGACCUGCAGUGCCCCAAAACGGACUAUGAGCUCUGGAAGUCCUCGGACAAGAUCUGCCGGCAGCUCAUCUACCACCUCACCCCUCACUCCAAGCAGCAGCGAAGGUCCAGCCUGCCCCGAAGGAAGAUCCAGAGCUGCCUCAAGAGCAGCCUCCAGAAGACUCUGCCAGCAGGGGAGACCGUGAACCUUUCUGGAAUCCCGCUGUCGGCGCAGGACGUGCAGCACAUAAUGUGCUACUUGGGCAGCCAGGGCACGGGGCUCGCGGUGCUGGACCUGAGCUUCAAGGAGCUAAGUGAUGAGCUGCUGGGCCUGCUGCUGCCCAGCCUCUGGGCACUGCCCCACCUCACCCAGCUCCUGAUCAAUGGCAACCGGCUGACGUGGGCCACUGCCCACGAGCUCACCGAGGCAGUCAAGGACACCACCAAGUUCCCCGCGCUGGCCUGGGUAGACCUGAGUAACAACGUGGAUGUGGCCUCGCUGCCUCAGCCCCUGCUGGUCGGCCUGUGCCGACGGCUGAGCCAGCGCACCUCGCUCCCCACCAUCUAUGAGGGCCUGGACCUCGAGCCUGAGGAGCGCAAGCCUGAGGAUGGUGGGGCCGUGGCCACCACCGCUGCCUCCACCUGGGGCUCUGCAGCUGCUGGGCCAGGACCCGAGCCCCAGGCCUGCUGCACCAGGUGACCUGCCUCCUACCACUGGACUGACAAUGCUCCCAAGCACAUAGGAUAGAAGGUGAUGGAGACCCUGGAGGUCCUCCAGGCCCCCAGAGAUCCAGUGCAAAUGCUCAGCUUGGGAUUAAGGAGAUGGAAGGAGAAUGAGCUCAUCAGAGGCUAGAUGGUCAGCCCAGAUGGCGGUCUCAGCCUUCCCUCAGCAGGAGCCUGGCACUCACUGUGCAUACCCCACAAUAAAGGGUGAUGCCCCCCUC